ACUCUGGUUGUGGGCGGGACCAGACGGUACCUAGGGGGAUCUGGGCGCAGCCAAUCCUGGCCCGAGGAUUGUGUUGGGGGGCUUGGCAGGGGGUGUCCUACCCCCCUUUCUGGGCAUCCUGGGGGAUGACCCCAGCGCCAGGCCCGGCGCCGGCCGCCUGAUGCCAGGCAAGCUGAGCUGGGGAUGCUGGAACGAAGGGCGUUGCUAUGGCAACGGGAGGCAGGGCCUGGUGGGGGGGACCGGGCCCGAGCUGGGACCGGGGGGGCCGGCGGUGGCUGUGGUGGGACGAUGGCGGAGCGCGGCCCGGCCUUCUGCGGCCUGUACGACACGUCCUCGCUGCUGCAAUACUGCAACGAUGACAAUUUGUCGGGCACGAGCGGUAUGGAAGUGGACGACCGCGUGUCGGCGCUGGAGCAGCGGCUGCAGUUACAGGAAGACGAGCUGGCGGUCCUAAAGGCGGCGCUGGCGGAUGCUCUGCGUCGCCUGCGGGCGUGCGAAGAACAGGGAGCUGCGCUCCGCGCGCGGGGCACCCCCAAGGGCCGGGCGCCUCCGCGCUUAGGCACCACUGCCUCGGGUAUCCCCGUUAGACUGGAGGGGUGGGAUGGGGAGGACCGGGGCCUGGUCCUCAUACUCACCCUCUUCUGUCCCCAUCCCUCCAGUGUGUCAGCUCUUGAAAGGCCUUCCCACCAGGACGCCCCUUAAUGGCUCGGGACCCCCGCGGCGCGUGGGUGGCUAUGCCACGUCCCCAUCCUCUCCCAAGAAGGAGGCGACCUCCGGGCGCAGGUAAGGCACAAGGCCGGGACCCCCAGCCUCUUCCAAGACCUCGUGGGAGACAGAGGUGGUUUGUUUGCCUGAGCUUCAGCAGCAGAAGGUGCAGGGAGGAUGUCGCCCGCUCACGGCACUUGCCUGCUGGCCUCGAAGGCUCUGCCGCCAACUGUGUGUUCUCUUUUAGCAGUGUCCGCCGCUACUUGUCACCAGAGCGCCUGGCCUCGGUGCGCCGCGAGGACCCCCGCAGCCGGACCACAUCCUCCAGCAGCAACUGUAGCGCCAAAAAGGAAGGGUAAGGACUGGGGCGGCGUCAAGCAGCAGAAAGAGAUAAGGAGGAAGUGGUCGAGAAAUGUAGUCAUGCCCCAGGCCACGAGGUCGUAACCUAGAGUGGGGCCAGCUGGUUCAAAUGCGGGGACAGUGCCAGAGCCUUGGAAGGACCAAUCUUGAGGUGGCACGGUAACAGAGGAAGGUCUGGGAGGGCGGAGUCAAUAUUUGAGGGGCGUGGCCAGAGUUUUUAGGAGCUGGACAGUCAGGUCUACAGGUCGAGGAAGUCAGGGAGGAGCUUGGUUUAUGGACGUGGUUAUUAAAGUAAAGGAGAGGUCCCGUUGAGUUUCAGGGAUGAAGUCAAGGGAGCAGCCACUGAGUUUCUGCAAGGAAAGAGGGAGUCUGAGAAAUUUAAGGGUGCGGCCAGAGUGUUCGCCUGGGAGAAAUUAAAACCUGGGGUACGGGGUAACAGAGGCUGAGACCAGGUGGAGGCAUGCCAGAUUCCAGAAGCCUUGACAUCAAAAUCAGGGGACACUGCCUGGUGGAAAAGGGCGUGAUUUAAAGGUUAGGCGGGGCCGUAGGGGCGUGGUCAAAUGCAAGAGGUGGAGCCAACUUGGAGGCCUCGAAGGUACUCAACUAAGGAGUACGUGAAAAUGGACGAAGUCAGAAUGCCUGGCAGGCCGGAGAAGGAGCUUUGCAGGGAGGUAGCAGUCAAUUCUCAAGCGACUGAGUCAACUCA